UAGCACUGGUACAAUGUUACUUUAAUUACUGUGAAGACGUUUGCCUGUUUCCAUUCAGAGUGAUUUGGGUCCACGUGGCUGUUUUCACUCAUAGUAAUAUUAACGCGUAAGGUAACUUAACUGUAGAAGACAGAGCUAGCUGACUUGUUACACACGAAAACUUUCACCAAAUCUCCUCAGAGAAAACACAGCUUCCUCAACAAGGCUCUGAGGAGGGAUUAAUGGUUACGAGGGGAGACUGCUGUGUGAUGUGAAUUAAUACCUUGACGUCACAAUGUUGCAGCUGGAGCUGUGCCACAGUUUCUCCCGCCUGACCCCCUGUUUCGUCGAGAGAUUUGAAUGUGAAAGGCAAAUCAAAAUCCCUUUUGUCAAAACAAAAGUGCCCGGAGCAGCCACUGAGGGCUGGAUGGGAUGGAGAGAUUCCCAUGGCCUUACUGCCAUCCAGCUGACACAGCCUGCUGCCUCUGAUUUUUACAAUGAAGAGGCAGAGAUAUCAGACAGAGAGGUCCCGUGCAGGAAGAAAGGGCGGCCGAAGAAAAAGAAGGACACAAAGAAGAAAGACAAAGAGGGGAAACCCGUCAAAGCAAAAAAACGCAAGAAGAUUGACAGCGAUUUAGAGAGAGACUCAGAAAGAGAAAGAGACUACGGUGAGAACUCAGACAGCGUAGCCAGCGACUAUGGAUCAGGAGAGAAAAAGAAAAAGAAGAAACAUAAAGAAAGGAAAGAGAAGAAAACCAAGAAGAAGAAAAAAGACGACGGGGACCGAGACAGCAGUCAGGAGGAAACAACAAAGCAACCAAUAGAGCAGAAGACGUCGGCACAGCUGGCAAAGGAGUGGGGUCUGGAGGAUGUUGAUCAUACCUUCACAGAGGAGGACUACAGGGAACUCACCAACUACAAAGCCUUCAGCCAGUUUAUGAGGCCGAUGAUAGCCAAGAAGAAUCCUAAGAUCCCCAUGUCAAAGAUGAUGACCAUCCUGGGGGCCAAGUGGAGGGAGUUCAGCUCUAACAACCCCUUCAAGGGCAAUGCCGCUGCUGUCGCGGCAGCCGCUGCAGCUGCCGCGAUUGCUGUCGCCGAGCAGGUCUCCGCAGUGACCGCCUCGCCUGAGCCCCAGCCGCAGCCGCCACCGAUCAGAAAGGCCAAGACGAAAGAGGGAAAAGGCCCUGGCUAUAAGAAGCGUAGUAAAAGUCCUCGAGUUUCAGACAAGAAAAGGGCUGCAGCAAAGGCUAAAAAGAUGGCUCCCAUUCGUAUUAAACUAGCGCCUAUAGGUGCCAAGAGGAAGAAGAGUUGUUCAAGCGAGGAUAUGGAUGAGGACGACUCCGAGCAGGAGGACUCCAGCGUUCACAGCUCGUCAGUUCGCUCCGACAGCUCGGGCCGUGUCAAGAAGAACAAACGAGGACGGCCUGCCAAGAAGAAGAAGAAAAUUCCAGGCGAAGAGGAAGGGGACGGCUAUGAGACUGACCAUCAGGACUACUGCGAGGUGUGUCAGCAGGGUGGAGAGAUCAUCCUGUGUGACACCUGUCCUCGAGCUUACCACCUUGUCUGCCUUGAGCCCGAGCUUGACAAAGCCCCUGAGGGCAAGUGGAGCUGUCCGCACUGCGAAAAAGAGGGAAUCCAGUGGGAAGCAAAGGACGAGGACUUUGAGGAUUUCGAGGAGGACAGCGAGGACAGAGUGAUAUCAGAGGUCAGUGCAGGGGUCGCCACCGGGGCGGAGGAGGAGGAUGACGACCACAUGGAGUUUUGCCGGGUGUGUAAAGAUGGAGGUGAGCUGUUGUGCUGCGACACCUGCACCUCCUCCUACCACAUCCACUGUCUAAACCCGCCGCUGCCUGAGAUCCCCAACGGAGAGUGGCUCUGUCCACGAUGCACGUGUCCACCAAUCAAGGGACGUGUUCAGAAGAUCCUUCACUGGCGAUGGGGUGAACCUCCGCCUUCCAUCCCCGUUCCCCCAGCUCCUGACGCCCCACCUGACGCCCCCCUGCCGCCACCCAUGAAGGGCAGAGCCGAGAGGGAGUUCUUUGUCAAGUUGACCGGGCAGUCCUACUGGCACUGUACCUGGAUCACCGAGCUACAGCUGGAGAUCUUCCACUCGGUGAUGUACAGAAACUACCAGAGGAAGACGGACAUGGACGAGCCUCCCAGCCUGGAUUACGGGUCGGGCGGGGAGGACGAGAACGGCGUGGGAAAGAGCGAGAAGAGGAGGGCCAAGGACCCCCAGUACGCCAUCAUGGAAGAAAAGUACUACAGAUAUGGCAUCAAGUCUGAGUGGAUGAUGAUCCACCGCAUUAUCAACCACAGCGUGGAUAAGAAGGGGGCGUACCACUACCUGGUCAAAUGGAGAGACCUGACCUAUGACCAGUGUACCUGGGAGAGGGAUGACCUGGACAUCCCCGACUUUGCAAUGUACAAGGGCAAUUACUGGAGACACAGAGACACGAUAAUGAAGGAGGACCCAGACAAACCCAGGAGGAUGAGAAGCAAGAGCCAGGAGGAUGAAGAGGAGUCUCCUGCCUCACCAGUUACAGAUCCUACGAUAAAAUAUGAGGAACAGCCAGACUUUGUCACAACGACGGGUGGGACACUGCACCUGUACCAGCUGGAGGGUCUGAACUGGCUUCGGUUUUCCUGGGCUCAGGGCACAGACACCAUCUUGGCAGAUGAGAUGGGCCUGGGCAAGACCAUCCAGACCAUCGUUUUCCUUUACUCACUCUUCAAAGAGGGUCACACUAAGGGUCCGUUCCUGGUCAGUGCGCCGCUCUCCACCAUCAUCAACUGGGAGAGGGAGUUUGAGAUGUGGGCACCAGACUUCUAUGUGGUGACGUACACAGGAGACAAGGACAGCCGAGCCAUCAUCAGAGAGAACGAGUUCUCCUUCGACGACACGGCUGUCAAAGGAGGGAAGAAGGCUUUCAAACUGAAGAGAGAAGCUCCCAUCAAAUUCCACGUGCUGCUGACCUCCUACGAGUUGGUGACCAUCGACCAGACGGCGCUCAAGUCCAUAGACUGGGCGUGUCUGGUGGUGGACGAGGCUCACCGCCUUAAGAACAACCAGUCCAAGUUUUUCAGGCGUCUAAACGACUAUAAGAUCGACCACAAGCUGCUGCUGACAGGAACUCCUCUACAGAACAACCUGGAGGAGCUGUUUCACCUGCUCAACUUCCUCACACCCAACCGCUUCAAUAACCUUGAGGGCUUCCUGGAAGAGUUUGCCGACAUCUCCAAGGAGGACCAGAUCAAGAAGCUCCAUGACCUGCUGGGGCCUCACAUGCUGCGGAGGCUGAAGGCCGACGUCUUCAAGAACAUGCCCGCCAAGACCGAACUGAUUGUCAGAGUGGAGCUGAGUCCUAUGCAGAAAAAAUACUACAAGCUGAUUCUGACCAAGAACUUUGAGGCUCUGAACUCGAAAGGCGGAGGAAACCAGGUCUCCCUGCUUAACAUCAUGAUGGACCUAAAGAAGUGCUGCAACCACCCCUACCUCUUCCCCGUCGCCUCCAUGGAAGCCCAAAAAACCCCCAACGGUGCUUACGAGGGGUCGGCCCUCACGAAGGCCUCUGGGAAACUGAUGCUGUUGCAGAAGAUGCUGAGGAAACUGAAAGAGCAGGGACACCGAGUACUGGUCUUCUCACAGAUGACUAAAAUGCUGGACUUACUAGAAGAUUUCUUGGACCAUGAAGGUUAUAAGUAUGAAAGAAUUGAUGGAGGCAUUACAGGAGCGCUGAGACAGGAGGCCAUUGACCGCUUCAAUGCUCCCGGUGCUUGUCAGUUUUGUUUCUUGCUCUCCACCAGAGCAGGAGGUUUAGGCAUCAACUUGGCCACAGCGGACACGGUCGUCAUCUUUGACUCUGACUGGAACCCUCACAAUGACAUACAGGCGUUCAGUCGAGCCCACCGAAUUGGGCAGGCCAACAAGGUGAUGAUCUACCGCUUUGUGACCCGAGCCAGCGUGGAGGAGCGCAUCACCCAGGUAGCCAAGAGGAAGAUGAUGCUGACCCACCUGGUGGUCCGGCCGGGCCUGGGAUCCAAAGCUGGCUCCAUGACCAAACAGGAACUGGACGACAUUCUCAAGUUUGGAACAGAGGAGCUCUUCAAGGAUGAAAUAGAAGGUAUGAAGAACAGUUCAAGGGAUAAAGUCGAGGACGAGGGCAGCGUGAUCCACUAUGACAGCACUGCCAUUGAGAGGCUGCUGGACCGAAGCCAAGACGCCACGGACGACUCGGACGUCCAGAACAUGAACGAGUACCUCAGCUCCUUUAAAGUGGCCCGGUACAUGGUCCGAGAGGAAGAUAAGAUCGAGGAGAUCGAGCGGGAGAUCAUCAAACAGGAGGAGAACGUGGAUCCGGAUUAUUGGGAGAAACUGUUGCGGCAUCACUACGAGCAGCAGCAAGAGGACCUGGCGAGCAAACUGGGUAAAGGCAAGAGGAACCGCAAGCCCGUCAACUACAACGACGCUGCACAGGAAGACCAAGAGUGGCAUGCUGACAUUUCAGAUAACCAGUCCGAGUAUUCAGUGGGCUCCGAGGAGGAGGACGAGGACUUUGACGAUAGGCCAGAAGGUCGAAGGCAGUCGCGUCGCCAGUUGAGGAACGAGAAGGAUAAACCUUUGCCUCCUCUCCUGGCGAGAGUCGGAGGUAACCUUGAGGUGCUGGGCUUUAACACACGCCAGCGAAAGGCUUUCCUGAAUGCAGUGAUGCGGUGGGGGAUGCCUUCUCAGGAUGCUUUUUCCUCUCAGUGGCUGGUCAGAGACCUCAGGGGCAAGACUGAGAAAGAAUUCAAGGCUUACGUCUCUCUCUUUAUGCGGCACUUAUGCGAGCCGGUGGCUGAUGGGGCUGAGACGUUCGCAGAUGGUGUGCCGAGGGAGGGCUUGUGUCGCCAGCCAGUCCUCACCCGAAUCGGCGUCAUGUCUCUCGUCAAGAAGAAGAUCCAGGAGUUUGAGCACAUCAACGGGCGGUGGAGUCUUCCAGAGCUCAAGCCUGAGGUCAGCAUGGACAAAACCUCCUCCAGGGCCUCCUCUCCUGCAGUAAAGACCUCCACGCCCACCCCUGAAGCCAGCUACAACAACACACCUUGCACUUCCAAGCCAGCGACCCCUGCUCCAACAGACAAGCUAGAAAAGAACGGAAAAGAGGGCGAGGAGAAUAAAGAGGAAGGCGAGGCCCCGUCCGACAAAGAGAAAGUGAAGGAGAAAGAGAAAGAUGAGGGGAAAGAGGUGGAGAGUAACAGGACUGCAGACCCUGAAGAGCUUUCCUCUGCGACAAAAGAGGCGUCACAAAAUGCGUCCCCUAGGCACAAAAAUGAAGAGGAGAGCAACCUGAAAGAGGAGGAAAAGAAAGAAACAUCUGACACAACAGAGGACAAAAAGGUACAAGAGGAGAGUAAAGACGAGACAAAGCAAGACACAGAGGUCAAAGAAGAGAAAUCAGAAGAAGAAAAGAUGGGGGAUGAGAGGGAAAAAGACAAAGAAAAGCGGGAAGUCACACCGACAGCAAUGGAAGUGACAGAUGCCAAGGAUAAGCCCGAGGCGGGAGACGUGAAGAAAGAGGAAGUCAGAUGUGAAAAGGAUGCUGGGAAAGAAGUCAAAGCAGUGAAGGAGGAGGCACCCAAGGGUAACGGGAAGCCUCCCAUUGAGCGACCACGCUUCAUGUUCAACAUCGCAGAUGGCGGCUUCACUGAGCUGCACACUCUUUGGCAGAAUGAGGAGCGGGCUGCCAUCUCCUCGGGGAAGAUGAACGAGAUCUGGCACCGCCGACACGACUUCUGGCUGCUAGCGGGAAUCGUGAUUCACGGCUACGCCCGGUGGCAGGACAUCCAGAACGAUCCCCAGUUCGCCAUCGUCAAUGAGCCUUUCAAAUCGCAGGCAAAUAAAGGCAACUUCCUGGAGAUGAAGAACAAGUUCUUGGCUCGGCGCUUCAAGCUGUUGGAGCAGGCGCUGGUGAUAGAGGAGCAGUUGCGGCGGGCAGCCUACCUGAACAUGACCCAAGACCCCAGCCACCCAGCCAUGGCGCUCAAUGCACGAUUUGCAGAGGUGGAGUGCCUAGCGGAGUCACACCAGCACCUCAGCAAGGAGUCACUGGCGGGCAACAAGCCAGCCAACGCUGUCCUGCACAAAGUGUUGAACCAGUUGGAAGAGCUACUGAGUGACAUGAAGGCUGACGUGACCCGUCUACCGGCCACGCUGGCCAGGGUCCCGCCCAUCGCUGCCCGCUUACAAAUGUCCGAGAGGAGCAUCCUCAGCCGACUGGCCAGCAAGGGCACUGAGACGCACACACCUCCGCCCAUACCUCCAGGACCUUACGCAACCCCUCAGAACUACGGAGCCCCCUUCACCCCUGCCCCCCCGAGCGCCCUACACAUGGGAGGGGCCAACUACAGUCAGAUGCCGCCCGGAUCCUUCCUAUCAGUGCUUAAUGGGCCUCCCAUGUCUGUGAAGAAGGAGCGGGAAGCAGAGCUGCUAAUCAACCGGCGGGAGCAGCGCAGCGGAGAGGUCAUCUGUAUCGACGACUAGACUACACACACACACACACACACACACACACACACACACACACACACACACUCACUAUACACUCACUGAAACCCAUCUGCUGCAAAGAUAUCUUCAGUUUCUCUCCAAGAACUCUUCUACAACUUUACUCUGCUGGUACUCACUGAAAAAUUAGUACAACACACGUGCACACACACACACACACACAGUAUACUCACGCACAUGUGCACUUACUGUCCACGGACACACACGCACACCUGCACUACAUACAGGCCAUAUUGUCUCAUAACUUCUUGUGACCUUUUCUUGUCUGCCUCAAACCAUUAUAUUCCUCAUAAGCGGCCUCUUCAGGCAGGCCUCCUCCUCCUCUUGGGAUGCUUCUAACCUCAUCUACACACACACACGCACACACACACACACACAUACUCACACACACACAACGCUCAACCCACCUCAAUCCUAGAAACCUUUAGAUCUCUCAAUAGACCGUGUAACCUUCCUCCUUCCUCCUCGCCUGGUCCUUAAACUCUUGACAGGAAGCUGCAUGUGAAAAUUAUUUCUACCGCCGCACUCCAUCCCCUGAAGCAUGCUCUACUCACCAUAAUGCUGUCUCGUGGAAAGGCAAGCUGUGCCUAAAGUCAUUUUAAUACUGUUUAUAAUUCUCUCAGAGAGGCUGACCCUCUUGAUUUCUCAGUCCGAGCAGCUCCAAGCACAGCAUCAGCUUUUUGUUUUGCUUUUUUCAAAGGUACAUGUUCAGAUAAACACACAUUCAGCUAGGUAUGAUAUGGAAAUUAUAAUCAGGACUCCAGAUUAAGUAUUUGCCGCCAUCAAAUCCUGCUUCCCUGGUUCUAGUUUAUGUACAGAGCUUUGAGGUAUUUCGGGGGGCUGUUCCAGAAAAGGCCUCGCGACGACGCUGUUUCUCAGAAACCUAUGAAUGUUUAGAACCUUUCAUAAGCAAGUCAGUGUUAUUAAAACCUAUCUAUCACCCUGAACACUCCUCUUGACACCUACUCCUGUCAUCUCCUCCCUCCCCCUCUCUCAGUCAAUCUUUUUUCCUGUUUUUCUUUUCAAGUUUCUAUUUCUUUCUACAGAAUCCUGUGAUAUACUUUGCAUAUUUAAACAGCUCAUUCGUGUUCUCUUGUGUUUCUACUCUCGCGAUUAUUAUUGUCGUCGAUGUUGCUGUUGUUCUCACUGUUGCUAUUUGAGAAAGAGCUUUUACCAAAAGAGACCUUUUUUUUGUAACAAUGAAAAAUGAUACAGUAUGUGCGACACACAAUGCACCUCUUUGCCAUGUUUGUCCUAUAAUUACAAGAGAGCGCAAACGAAGAAGUUGAGCUAACUUCAGAGGUAGAUAUAUUACAAGAAAACAAAUUUUUCUUGCUUACGUUUUAGAUUUGGGGCUUGCAAAUGACAUGCAUAUAUAGAAAAUAGGCCAUAUGUAACCCUAAAUGCUUCUCUGAGCAAAAAGAAAAUGUAUACUAUCUAAUCCCAGUGAAAAUAUAUGGUUAUUAUCUGGAAAAUAAGAGGCUGGAAAUCCAUUUUAUAUACUGCAUCAUUAAAAAACGCCUUAAUAAACAUAGCUGAACAAAUGUAAAGUCAUCAAACUGAAUAAAGAACCUGAUGUCAACCUGUAAAUCCCAGUCAGUCUGACUUAAGUUAAAAAUAAAAAAGGAUAGCCACCGUAGGAGUUAAUUUAUCCCAUAAAUCCCGGACCUUUUACACUUAUCUUCCCAGGAAAUCCAUUUUACAAAUUGUUUUGUACAAAGGUUUUGCAACCCCUGAACUAAAACGUGUCAAAAAACAAAGCACUUAGUUCUUUUUUCCACUUUUACUUUGUCAUCUCUCCAGAUUUCUGUGUUAAUUUCUGGGUAUCUUGUGUCACUGUGUAUGUAGUGGUGCCGAUCAGAUGAUGAGUGGCAGUGAAA